AUGGUCAGGCUCAGCCUUUUCAUAACGACUAUCUUGUCGUCUACGGCGCUGGCGUCGGAACUCCUCCUCGACACCACGAGUGGUCCAGUAGAAGGUUUCUAUAACAGCUCGUCUGUGCGUGCGUUUCUAGGUAUACCAUACGCUGAGCCAGCAACGGGGUCACGUCGAUUCAAGCCACCCGUGCCCAAAUCGCGAUCCAGCCAGACCGUUCAGGCCAGCUCGUUUCCUGCAACAUGCCCAGGGCAGUAUACCUUCUCCAAUGAGUCCAUCUGGAGCGUCCUACCCUACAUGCCAUGGAACACGGAUAGCAUGUCAGAAGACUGUCUUGCGAUAAAUGUAUGGGCGCCCAAAUCUAACAAAGAAAAUGGUAAAUUCGCGGUGAUGAUGUACAUCUACGGUGGGGGGUUCACCCAGGGCGGAUCGGCCAUCCCCUUCUACGAUGGGACGAACUUGGUCGAGGAGCACCAGGAUAUAAUUGUCGUUACCUUUAACUAUCGUGUCUCUAUAUUUGGGUACCCUAACGCUCCGGGUCUUGAACCUGGACAACAAAACGUUGGACUUCUCGAUCAGAGACUCGCCGUUGAAUGGGUUCACCGCAAUAUCGGCCAAUUCGGUGGAGAUCCCUCAAGAAUUAUGCUGUUUGGCCAGAGUGCUGGGGCAGCGUCCACGGAUCUGUUCACCUAUGCGUACCCAAACAACCCCAUCGUACACGGCGUUAUCAUGCAAUCGGGCGCCGCAUCGAUAAUUAUGAAUGAAGACAAAACCCAUCAGAACUGGAAGAAUCUGACCCAAGCACUCGGAUGCAGUACUCUGCAAUGCAUGCAGGGCAAGCCGUGGGCAGAUAUACUCGAGGAAGUGUCUUCUGGGUCUUACAGCUUUAGCCCGGUACCAGACAACGUUACAGCAUUCGCCGAUUAUGAAGCUCGUGCGAGACAAGGAGGGCUCGCUCGUUUGCCAACAUUAAUUGGCGGUGCCAACCGUGAAGCAUCAGCGUACAUGAAUCUUAGCUCCAAGUCCAUCAAUGAGACGCUGGUAUAUACAGCUACUCAGAACACAUUUAAUUGCCCAAUUGUUGAGACGGUGGGUAACCGCCUCGAGCAAGAUAUCCCAACCUGGCGAUACCUGUACCACGGCAAUUGGUCCAGCUUGAGUCCGACUCCUUGGCUUGGAGCGUACCAUUCUAGUGAUGUACCCAUUAUCUUUGGGACAUACAACAAUACACCAGUUCAACCGCCCUCCAGCCCAGCAGAGGUCACAGCGAGCAAAUAUAUUCAAGGCGCAUGGGUGGCAUUUGCCAAAGAUCCCUGGAACGGGUUGAAUAACUAUGGAUGGCCCCAGUUUACCUCACAGAACCGGUCCCUAGUCAAUUUAGCUCUGGACAACCGCGCUACGGCAACGAUAGGCUCUGCGGAAAAAUCCAAGACAGGAUGCCGCACAUGCCGAGCCCGUCGUGUCAAAUGUGAUGAGACCCCGGGAUCAUGUCGCAACUGUAUCUCAACGGGCCGAAAGUGCGAAUACGACAUCCAGCGCCUGCCACGUCGGCUACCUGGGAAUCGACCGACCGCCGAAUCUAUAGUGCUAUCUACAAACAUUGCCGGUGGCUUUCGGUGGAAAAUCACGUCCGACGAGCGUCGGUGUUUUUCAUUCUUCCAACACCAGUCCCUUCCCACUAUAAUCGGAUAUUUUGACUCCCCCCUAUGGCAGAAGUUGGUUCUUCAGAUGAGUCAGGUCGACCAGGCAGUCUACCAUGCAGUCGUGGCAUUUGCCGCAAUCCAUGCAGACUACGAGGCCCGUGGAAACCCUGUAACAAUAUAUGAUUUGGACAACUCGUGGCAGCGGUUUGCGAUCGAUCAAUGCGGGAGAGCAUACGCGCUAUUGACUGCGCGCUCUGCGUCGCAGGAUCCCAAUUUACAGGAGGUCACACUCGUGUGUUGCAUGUUGUUUGUACUCUCGGAGCUCAUGCGCGGUUACUAUGACCUUGCUUUCACCCAUCUGCGAAAUGGCUUGCAAAUCCUGAAGGAUGUGGGCCGUCGCCAAUUGCCUGAUCCAAAUCCUACACGCGCCUCAACUAUAGAACAAAGUCUCGUUGAUACCUUUUCUCACCUGGAUGUCCAGUCAGCGUAUUUUGGUGUGGGCGAACUAGUACUCCCUGUGCAGUCAGACGCGUGUCUUUUGAAGUGGAAUAAGGGCAACGUGACAGCAUUUCAUCAUAUUUGUGAAGCCCGAAGGGUAUUAGACUCUCUUAUGGGAGCGGUGUUCCAGUUUCAUACCUCCGUCUCACCCCUGUCGCUGACAGAGAUCAGCGUCAGGUAUGGAUACCUUUCGAAACGGCAAUUCGAUCUCGGUUCUCAGCUUCGGCAGUUUGCCCAAGCAUUUGAUCCUCUUUAUAGGUAUCUAUCCGCGCGGUGUGAUAUCAAAGUGAAACGGGGCGCGGACAUAAUCUAUUUGCACCAGCUGUCCCUGUCCAUGAUUCUCGAAACAUGUCUUCUUUGUCGCACGAAGGAACUCCUUGAUUAUUAUACGCCAACAUUUAGGACGAUCGUCGCACUAGCCGAGGUGAUUACAGCCAGCUUCACGGAACUUCCCAGCAUUCUGCUCCAUAUGGGGGUUAUCGCUCCGUUGUUCUUCGUUUCAACCGAGUGUAGUGAACCUGAGGUUCGAUGGCGAGCGAUUCGAGCGCUCCAAUCUUGGCCGCAUCGCGAAGGGACUUGGGAUUCCAAUCUGGUCGCAAGAAUAGCCAUUGAGACGAUGAGAAUUGAGGAACAGACUGUCAAAGACAACGGUCAAGCUUGUCGUAUCAGCCACGCUUUUACGACAGUAUCGCCAGAAGACCAAUCCUCGGCUCAGAUGUUGUACACUCUUGAUGACGACGACGAGGUCCAAUCACGUACAUUUUCGCUGGAAUAA